GAAGCCGCCGGACCACGUGUGUAGUCGCAGCUGCCAUCUUUCAUCCGGGCAUCGGCCAUCUUGGUAAAGGCAAUGUUCUAGAUUUUCGCCUCUGCCCGCCCCUCCUGGUUCAUCAACAUAUUAAAUGAGCGUAGGGAAUGAGGGCGUAUUAAGUGUCCUCUUUUUGAAGAGACAAAGAAGUGGCUGACUACCCUGGCUUGGGUCCGAGGCCCAGCCAUCUUUUUCUUUACCAAAAUGGCGGCGGUACCGAGGCGCAAUGAGUGCGCGCCGCCAGGAGCUCAGCGCGCAGGCCCCAUGAUGACGUCACGGAGGCGCGACCGGGCCGGCGCUGGGGUAAGAAGCCUGCUGAGGGAUGCCCAAGAAGUUCCAGGGUGAGAACACCAAGUCGGCAGCGGCCCGGGCACGGAGGGCAGAGGCCAAGGCGGCCGCUGAUGCCAAGAAGCAGAAGGAGCUGGAGGAUGCCUACUGGAAGGACGACGACAAACACGUCAUGAGGAAGGAGCAGCGCAAGGAGGAGAAGGAGAAGCGGCGCCUCGACCAGCUGGAACGUAAGAAGGAGACGCAGCGCCUACUGGAGGAGGAAGACUCCAAGCUCAAGGGCGGCAAGGCGCCGCGGGUGGCCACGUCCAGCAAGGUCACCCGGGCCCAGAUCGAGGACACGCUGCGCCGAGACCAUCAGCUCAGGGAGGCCCCGGACACAGCCGAGAAAGCCAAGAGCCAUCUGGAGGUGCCGCUGGAGGAGAACGUGAACCGCCGCGUGCUGGAGGAGGGCAGCGUGGAGGCGCGCACCAUCGAGGACGCCAUUGCAGUGCUCAGCGUGGCGGAGGAGGCGGCCGACCGGCACCCAGAAAGACGCAUGCGGGCAGCCUUCACAGCCUUUGAGGAAGCCCAGCUGCCGCGGCUCAAACAAGAGAACCCCAACAUGCGGCUGUCGCAGCUGAAACAGCUGCUCAAGAAGGAGUGGCUCCGCUCUCCUGACAACCCCAUGAACCAGCGGGCCGUGCCCUUCAAUGCCCCCAAGUGAGCCCAGAACUUGGGGAGCCAGUUCACCCACGGGUGGUCCAGGUCACGACUCUGCACGCCCUUAGGCCAGGUCAGCUGCGAGGGUCACAGAGCGUUCCGGGGGCCAAGGCGCCGGGCCCCGGGGCCAUGCUCUUAUCACCAGCCACCCGUCCUCCCGCCAGAGGGUCCUGCCCCGAGUGACACCCCAUCCCCUCCCAUCCCCCGGCGCGUGUGUGUAGAGCCUCAGGGCUGAGUGCCCAAUAAAGGUGGCGGCAAGGCUGCGGUGAGGCA